UUUCCGUACUUAUUUCCCGAUGAUAGUGAGUUUGUGAUACUUAUCAGUAUAAUAACCUUGUGUGGAUAAUUUGCUCAGUUAGUGCCACAUUCCCCAAGUAAGCACAUCGUUUUGAAUAAGAUGGAAGACGAUAAUCGAUUUAAAAAGCGAACUCAUGGGGAAGAUGAAGGUUCCGGGAUUGAGGAUUCAGGGGAUGAAGAUUAUGUUCCUUACAUUCCCGUCAAAAUCCGAAAGCAACAAAUGGUUCAGAAGAUGUUGCGAUUGCGUGGGAAAGUAGUGGAUGAGGAGCACAGAGACAGUGGGGAGGAACAGAGGGAUGAAGAUGAAGGGCUUGGUCCACGUUCCAACGUCAGCCUUCUUGACCAGCAUCAGCAUCUCAAGGAAAAAGCAGAAGCACGCAAAGAGUCAGCCAAGGAGAAACAACUGAAAGAGGAAGAGAAAAUUUUAGAAAGUGUCGCAGAGGGCAGAGCUUUGAUGUCUGUGAAGGAAAUGGCCAAGGGUAUAAUUUAUGAUGAUCCAAUCAAAACAAGCUGGAAGGCUCCACGGUAUGUCCUCCAUAUGCCAGAGACCAGAAAUGAACGCGUCAGGAAGAAGUUUCAUAUCCUGGUUGAUGGCGAUGGCAUCCCUCCUCCGAUCAAAAGCUUCAGGGAGAUGAAGCUUCCACCAGCAAUUCUUAAAGGUUUGAAGAAGAAAGGAAUUGUACAUCCAACGCCAAUUCAAAUUCAAGGAAUCCCAACAGUUCUGUCAGGUCGCGAUAUGAUCGGGAUCGCCUUCACCGGCUCGGGCAAAACCUUAGUCUUCACUUUGCCCAUCAUCAUGUUCGCCCUGGAGCAGGAGAAGCGGCUGCCCUUCUUUAAAAGAGAGGGACCAUAUGGACUCAUCAUCUGUCCUUCACGAGAGCUCGCUCGACAGACGCACGGCAUCAUCGAAUAUUACUGUAAACUGCUGGAGGAGGAGGGAGCCCCUCAGAUGCGGACGGCCCUCUGCAUUGGCGGCAUGUCCGUCAAGGAGCAAAUGGAAGUUGUGAAACAUGGUGUGCACAUGAUGGUCGCCACUCCCGGGCGUCUCAUGGACUUGUUACAGAAGAAGAUGGUGAGUCUGGACAUCUGUCGCUACCUGGCCCUGGAUGAGGCUGACAGGAUGAUUGACAUGGGCUUUGAAGAGGACAUCAGGACUAUUUUUUCAUAUUUUAAGGGACAAAGGCAAACCCUGCUUUUCAGUGCCACCAUGCCCAAGAAGAUCCAAAAUUUUGCCAAGAGUGCUUUGGUCAAACCCAUCACCAUUAACGUAGGCAGAGCGGGUGCUGCCAGCUUGGAUGUCAUCCAGGAAGUGGAAUAUGUCAAAGAGGAGGCGAAGAUGGUGUAUCUGCUUGAGUGUCUGCAGAAAACAACACCUCCGGUAUUGAUAUUUGCUGAGAAAAAGGCUGACGUCGAUGCAAUCCAUGAGUAUCUGCUGCUGAAAGGUGUGGAAGCAGUGGCCAUUCAUGGAGGAAAAGAUCAGGAGGAAAGAACAAAAGCCAUUGAAGCAUUUAAGGAAGGAAAGAAGGAUGUCCUUGUCGCCACAGAUGUGGCCUCAAAGGGUCUGGAUUUCCCAGCCAUCCAGCACGUAGUCAACUACGACAUGCCCGAGGAGAUCGAAAACUAUGUCCACAGAAUUGGAAGAACAGGGCGAUCUGGUCAGACUGGUAUCGCCACAACGUUCAUCAAUAAAGGCUGUGACGAGUCGGUGCUGAUGGAUUUGAAGGCCCUGCUCGUUGAAGCCAAGCAAAAGGUUCCUCCAGUUCUCCAGGUGCUCCAGACAGGAGAUGAAACCAUGCUAGAUAUUGGAGGGGAGAGGGGCUGUACGUUUUGCGGUGGUCUUGGCCAUCGUAUUACAGACUGUCCCAAGUUGGAGGCGAUGCAGACCAAGCAGGUCACCAACAUCGGGAGGAAGGACUACCUGGCCCACAGCUCAAUGGACUUCUAAGUGUCUUUGCAAAAGGAACAUUGCCCGCUGCGUUAAUCGAUGUGAUACUGUAUCAUUCAAAUCAGGAGGUCGAACUGUGCAGACCCAUUAUGACCGCCAUCACAGCACCGAUGAGGUUCAUAAGAUUGUAACAUUUUUAUACAAGCUGGAAAUAAAUGUCUCUUUUUGAGAAAAGAAUGGUCUUCUA